AUGAAUCGACGUGGAGGUCAUCAGAAGUAUGAUGCUAAGAAGAUAACGAUGCGAAGGUGCAUCAUGAUGGACAAUGACUUAGCACCGCGUUUUGAUGAUGACGAUGAAUAUUCUUCGCAGCCCUCUUAUAACGAAGCAAGGUACUCGUCCAAUCAGCAACGUGAUAAAGGGUAUAUUAGCCGAGGCGGUGGUUCCUAUCGCGGAAGAGGAGGUCGCGAUGCAGCAUCGAUGAUUCGUAAUUAUUUGGACAAAAGACGCGAUAAACAAUUGCAACGUGGCACUGCUGGAGCUGUCUCAACGGUCAUAAUGAAUUUAGUUCGGGUACCGAAGGGAGCCUCGAUUGGAAAAGAUUUCAUAUUGCGCGCUAUUGGACAGUAUGUGGAAGAUGUGAAACCGAUCUUAUUGAAAACUGAGAGAGGCGAUCUAAUGUUUUUCAUUGAAGACAAUGAGACGGCGCAAGCAAUAAAAGCAAUUUCUCGUCGUGUUCGAGAUCCGGCCACUAAUAUGGCCAUAACAUUCGUUGUGGCUCGGCAGUCAGCUGGCUUUGCGUCUAUCUCGAACAGUGAAAAACAACUAAUUGAGACAGCUUUGAGGAAAAGAUACAAUCCAGAAACGCACGCGUUGGACUUGAGUGAAUUCGGUCUUGAUGAAUUGUUCCGAUCACGAUCACUUCAUUUGGCGCUUACCCGAAACAACAUAAUGAUGACCGUAGUGGAUUUAAUUGAUAAGCAUUUCAACGAUGUUACGGCUCUGAGUAUAAAGGGCAAUCGUCUACGGUUUCUGGAUUUUUUCGCAAAUCUCUUGUAUCGUUUGAAGAAAGUGAAAACACUGGAUUUGUCUUCGAAUCAGAUUGAUAAAAUGAGUGAGUUGGAUAAGUUGAAAGGAUGGCCCGUGGAAACGUUCUUCUUCGAGGACAAUCCCGUUUGUGGACAAUUCACGAGUGCAGACGCUUACCUUAGGUUGAAUUCGACUCAACAAUCAACAUUCAUCUUUCUUUUUUUUUNUUUUUUUUUGACUUUUUACAACACUUACCUCAUCACUCAUUUGAUAUAUUGUCUUUUCUUUCCAUGCAAUUCAUCAUGUUUUCCCAUCGGUCAGCAUGCUGAAGGAUGUAGGAAGGAAUCUUUUAAGGAUGGCAUACCAGUACAGCCUUCGAGUGCUGAACUCGCUUUGUUGGACAGUGAACCAAAACUACCUCCUCUCAAGCCAUCAUUCUACGGCAGUGAUGAACGUCGUGCUUUAAUAGAAGCUUUCAUAAUUGAAUAUAUGACCGUUUAUGACGAUGACAAUCCGGACAAUCGUAAAAAUUUGAUAAGUGCAUAUGACGAGAAUGCAACGUUUUCAUUGAGUAUAUCAAACUUACCAGAUGCCAACGAUCUGAGGCCGUACAAGGAAAACAGUACAUAUGCAACGUAUGUGACACGUUCGCAUAAUGUCUGCUAUAUGCAGCGGUGGGAACGACGACGUGAGAAGAUGUUGCAGAAGAGUGCAAUGGACAUCGUUGUUGAGUUACGCAAACUACCGCCGACGAAACAUUUGAUGGAUACGUUCAUUGUGGACGUGUCACUCGUUACUGAAAAUAUAAUGUGCUUCGCAGUGCAAGGUUUCUUUCGUGAUGGAAUUGAAAAGGUUGUGGAAAAUGACGAAAUGAAAUAUUUCUGUCGUAAUUUUGUGGUUGCGAACAGAGGUGAAGGGAAGAUAGCAGUAAUAAGUGAUAUGCUUUUCAUUAGUGUGGUCUUCAAGGAACGUUUACAGCGUUACAAAAUGAUGCUUGGUAAUCUGCUAAAGGUAGUUUUGAUUCAUUGUUUGAAAGAAAGAGAAAUUUGUGCUCCCACUGGCACUGAAGCUUUACCCGCGACAUCAGCAACAAUCAGCAACGGAAUUACUCAAAUGAAUGUAACCGAAUCCCAGCAGCCAUCCACAUCAGGUAUUGCUAAUCAACGGACACCGGCACAGUUGGCUGCUGCCGGUGAUGAAACUAUUCGACAACAGAUGAUUGAGGCUUUCUCUGCAGAAAGUAAAAUGAAACCUGAGUGGUCACGUAAAUGUUUGAUGGAUCAAAAUUGGGAUUAUGAAGUAGCAGGAAAAGCAUUUCUUGCCGUCCGUGAUAAAAUACCACCUGAAGCGUUCCAGUGA